AUUAGGCUAUUACAAGUAAUGUAUUCAAGAUGAUAAUGUUUCAAUUUCAAGAUGAUGUAAUUCAAAGGUGCAACAAAGCAUUUGCUCUAAACUUUUCUAGAAUAUAAUAUUAAUGUUCCCAAGUCUAGAGCCAACAUAUAAACCCCACCAAUGCAAAAAUGUAUACUUUCACGUGUAUAUAACAGACAAUUAGCUUUGUUGUUCCAUUGUCAAUCUCUCCUCAGUUAAAUACUAUUGUUCUAAUAUAAGUUAAAGAGCGGUUUUGACCAAAAGAUUAGUUAAUGAUGGACGUUGAAUCGGGAUGUGCGAGUGUUGUGGCUUAACGGAAGAUUGUACACAACACUACAUUAGUAAAGUCAAAGCUAACUUCGCCGGGAAAUGGCUUUGUGGACUUUGCUCCGAGGUGGUUAGCGAUGAAGUCAGCCGAGAUCGGAAGCUGAUGACGGUGGAGGAAGCUCUUAACGCUCACUUGUCGUUCUGUGGCAAGUUUAAAGCUAACCCGGCAGAACUCGUCGCCGACGGCAUGAGACAGAUGCUACGCAGGAGGUCAGGUGAGUUGUUGCCGGCCAAGUCCAAGAUAUUGGGAAGAUCUAAGUUCUAACACCACUUAGUUGUGUUACACAUCUUGUUCUGUCGGUACUCUCUUCUCUUUUAGUGAGUGUUGGCUAAUAUGUAUAAUAAAAUAAAAAUGUAAAUCAGUACACUCAAACAACUAUCACUAGUUUACCU